AAUUUCAAUAGGCCAGUUUUUCUUUUGGUCAAAAUAUCAAUAUUAAAACCUGGCCUUUGGCUGUUUGGCCACGGUGACCGUGUUUGGAUAAUGUUCUUGCAUGUCUUAAGGUACUUGGCGCUGAUAAAUCUUUAAUGUUAGUUCCAAGUUCAGAUAUCCGCGAUGACAAAGGCUUGUCCAGGUAAGUCACAUCAGCAGCAGUCAAUUUUGUUGAUUUGAAAUAGUGUCUGCAUAAAUCCACUCAAAACACGCGAAUGUAUCGUCCAAUUGUAGACGUUCAUCAAGGUGCCGUGUGUCAAAUGCAUUGCAAAAGUGUACUUAUCCUGAGUUUAUAUGAUUUCAAUAGGUUUCUUUGAAGGGCAAUAGGAGGGAAAAUGCUUUAUAAUCGUUAUAAAUAUUUAAUGCGACGACAGUGGGUUUUGAAUAUCAACAUUAUUACGCCAUUUUAAAUACAUAUUUAGUUAACGGUAUUAACUUAGCAUUUGACUAAUGCACUUGAUAGUGAGUUCGCAAGUUGAAUCAGUGCUGGGUUUUAUAUGAAUCAUAUAGCGGAGUAACCCUAGCAUACUGAGACCAAAUCAUGUCUGCACAAACACAGUCACUCUAAACCGUUUUGAACGUUUGCUCGUGUGAGUUUAUUGUGGUUUAUAUUCACCUUUGUACCUUAUACGUAAAAGGAAAUACCGGAGCAUGUAUGUCCGUUCUGACAUAAUGUAAACUGGCCGUCUCUGGCCAUUGCUAUGCUUCAGCGAAGCCAUACUUCUCGAUAGGAAUAUCUCUUUUAUUAAAGUAUAUCAGGAAUUUUUAACUUCAUCGUCGAAACGUCGAUGGUUCCUGUUCAUUCUAUCAGCGUACUGCGGUCGACAUUAGUUGCUCCUUGCUAGACUGUUGAUAGGCAAACUCCUUUAUCUAACGGUAAGCAUACUUCAGUUCUUUUAUUGUGAGUCCAAUGUAUAUAUCGUGGUUGGAAGAACUCAAAUGCACUGUCUGUUAUUACAGAGGAAUAGACCAUUGACCGGGCUUUGUUGAUAGCCUACUUCAAGAUCGUUAUGAUUAUUGCUCCAUUAAUUUCAUUUGCCUUGCGGGCUUCCUCUGCAAUGUUUGUCUACAGAAUUAAAAUGAUUGAUAGCCGAUUAUCGUUGUUGUUAAAGAGAGAACUACUAAUCCUCAACAACGGUCUGUGAUAAUCAGAGUUUUCUAUAUUUUGACGAUAUUAAGUGUACAUCUUAUCAUCGUAUAUCGUCAUUGAUAAUCGUCAUUCGACCUCAGAAACUCUCCAUUUGGGACAACAAUAUUGUUGAUCAGUUGAUGUUCCGAGCACUAUUAGAUUCAGGUUAAUUUUCUGACGGACGGAGCUUGAUAUGAACUACGGAAGACAGUAUAUGGCCAGAAGUUCAGUAUAGAGAAAAUGCUCAAUCAGACAAUGGUUACCAGGCGAAGCAAUGUGGAUGUGAAUGCCAUACAAGAAAUAAAGAACAGAGUAAAUGAUAAAGAUAUGAUAUCACAACGCCACAUGCUUAUUUGUACCUCUCUUAUUUCUUUACGCAGGUGAAUAGGGGAGACCGUCAAGCUUUAAUAGGUUCGGAUGGCACGCCUAUGGGACGAGAUAAUUAACUGUAGUGGACUCGGGAGAUUCACAAUACAGUGUUUUUAAUUCGAUUUAUCAAGUGCCAGGAGAGGCACUCACAGACUCGGAUCUGUAACUGGACUUGGACACUUGAAGAAAGAGGGAUUCGUCUAGCAUCAGAAUGGAACAAGAGGGGGUGCCCUACCUGGCCUACGACGAGGCUCAGUACAACGUUGUGGAGGACAGAGAUCUAAUCGACUACGACGACGACGGUGCAGCUGACGACGAGGACGACAUGGACCCAAUCAGGGAAGAAGAGGAAGCCGACAAUGGAGACAGGACAACACGGUCAGCAAGUGCAAAGAUGCCGUUGCUAUCCAGGGCCAAGUUCACUCGGACCCCAGGGUCGAGGGCUUCAGAUAACUCGGACGUAUUGCCACAUGAUAUUGAGCCACCAGAGACACAGGUGCCACAAGAGGAGAAUGGACUUACAAAUGAAGAUGAUGAGAGAUUGAGCGAAACAACUGAUUCUGUGCUGAUUACAGAGGUGAAAGACCAGGCUGAGCAGGGGUCUGUUGGGUCAGAGGAUGGGCGGGAUACGGUUGAUGGAGAGCUGGAGGAUGUAUUCAUUGGAGAUGAGGAUGUGAUCCCUGAGAAGGAGGAAGUAGCUGAGGGCUCAGAUGAAGAUUGUGAUACGGAUUUAGAGGUGGAGGAAGAGGAGAUUGACAAGGAGGAACUCCACGACACCACAGGCAGGACGAGAUACACCAAGUUGUGUGAGAAACUCGGCGUCGUACCGUGCUCUUAUUUCACACGACAUAUCCAGGACUCUGAACUUAUUAUGAAGUUCCAUGGACUUGGCCCACAAGGAACUAGAGCCAUUGCAAAAAUAUUGAAGGAUAACAUCACGAUAGAGCGACUGAACCUGGAGGGCAACUGGAUGGAAGCCGACGGGGCCAAAGCCAUGGCAAAAAUGCUGGAGGAGAACAUCUCAAUAUCAGAUCUGGUGCUAAGAGGAAACAAGCUGGGUAGUGAUGGAGGAUACCACAUGUCAAAGAUGUUAGAAAAUAACACUACUUUAAAGAGGAUUGAUUUAUCGGGGAAUGACUUCGAGGACAGGGAUGCAGAAUACUUUGCGGAUGCACUGGAGGAAAACAAGUGCCUGCACGAACUCAUUCUCAGCAAUAACAAAUUCGGGGAGGAAGCUGGCGAACUCCUUGGCUUUGCAGUGGGUUCCAAUGACAUCUUAGAACAUCUUGAUUUGAGUUGGAAUCAGAUUCGUGGUGCUGGGGCUGUGGCUGUUGGUAAGGGUUUGAAGGAAAAUGUGCGGUUAAAAACAUGUGACCUAUCGUGGAAUGGCAUGGGUCCAGAAGGUGGAUAUGCGGUAUCGGAUGCCUUAGGUGUUAAUAACGUAGUUUUGGAGUUAGAUAUCAGUGGAAACCGACUGGACUUAGCCUGUGCCAAGAAACUUGCCAACUCACUCGCCAUCAACGACUCUCUACGGACGCUAAAGAUGGGCAGUAACCCUGUCACAACUGCCGGUGCCAUCGCAAUCGUUGCUGCUCUAAACAAGAAUGAGAACAGUGUUCUAGUCUUCCUCGAUUUGACGGAUAUUCCAGUCGAAUUCGAAUUCAUCCGAACUGUCGAAGAUAUCCAGCGGAAGCGUUCCUUCCGUGUCAUCCACGGUUUAGUGCUACGGUCAGGAAAUACACCUGAUGAUAUCGGGAAGCCUCCAAUAGACCCUAAUCUCCGCCACCCCCUGCUCAUCAUGAAGGAACAUGUCCUCGUCAAUGAUAUGCGAAUCGUGGAGGUCUUCCGACGGUAUGAUACCAAUAACACAAUGUGUGUGACGCCAGAGCAGUUUAUGGAUGCAAUGGAUGAAUUGAAACUGAAAUAUUGGCGAAGUCAGAUCGACGAUAUUGCCAAGAAGCUCGAUAAAUUUGGCAAUGGAACGAUUUACUAUGGUGACUUCAUUCCACCGGACCCACCGCGACGAGAAUCAGCCAUAUUGGAUCUGAAAACUGCUUCGGCCACGGCCACGGCGUAGCGCGACAUAUGAGGUGUCCGAGAAGGCGCAUUUCCACUUCAGGCCCGUGAUUAGACAUGUACAAUGUCUACCUGUCGGUCGAAGCCACUCACACUAACCAAUGAAAAUGGGCAGCUGACUGUGAGAAUGGAUGCCAGAAGGCUAAGUCAUACUCUUAUCAUCAGAACUUUGGUAUGUUUCUGCCCACGCGUCGAUGUAUUUCAUAUCGUUCAGUGAUGGAGCUGAUUUGUGACCGGCAAGAUAUGACGCAUUGAUCUGGGGAGUGGAAACAUUCCUGGAGAUGAAUAUGUGUGCUCACAUGGACACAUCCAGCAGCAAUGCCAUCAUCAAAGGAAUCUCAACCACGUAGACUGUGCUUUAGCUUGUAUGAUAUCCCGACAUGGUUGUUCAGAUCGGGAAUGAAUUGUAAAUAUGUAAGAUAAUUGUAUAUUAAUGUAAAGAACGAAUUUUGAAA